UAUAUUAUUAUGUAUAUGAUCGCCAGGAUGGUGGCAUAUUGUCAAUACCAUCUUUCAAGGUCCGGUUUGCUCGUGCAUUCUGCAUGAAAUGUUGAUAAUUUUGCGUGUACAGCAAAUUAAACUAAGAAAAAAUUGGUGUUAAUGUAUUGCGUGGUUGUCGGUCAGUUUUAAUGUGUGAAAAAUAGCGUUAAGAAGGUUUCGCUUAGCUAAUUUUAGGUAAUAGUUUGUAUAAUUUGGUGGUGGCCAUCAGAAAGGAAGAUGGUUCUUUUGCUGCUUCAACUCGCCGUUCUAUUGUGCGCUGUUAGAGGUGAAAUACCAAACUAUAUAAAAGUGUGCCAAAAAACCGAUCCAAACUUAUCGCAAUGCAUCAUCGACUCCAUCGAAUAUUUACGCCCAAAGCUCAAAGAGGGAAUACCGGAACUAAACGUGCCCUCAAUUGAGCCUUUGCCUCUGAACGAAAUUCGACUGAAAAGUGGCCCCAAUCAGGCCCAGAUCAACGCUAAUAUAACUAACUUGCUGGUACAUGGCCCAUCCUCUUUCAAGAUCAUCGACUUAAAGCCUGAUCUUGAAAGAACCAGAUUUCUGGUCCAGUUCACUAUUCCGACUCUUUAUUUCGAAGGCGACUAUGACAUCGAUAUGAACGUUUUGAUUUUGAAAUACAAAGGAAAAGGCCCAAUCCAAGGCAAUUUCACAAACUAUGUGUUCAAUUGCCUGUUUAAAGGCGACAAAGUCCAGAGAAACAACCAAACCUACCUUCAUUUCAGGAAGUUCACCAUAACACUAUUCACGGGCAAAAGCCAUCUGCAUCUUGGCAAUUUGUUUGGGGAAAAUGGGGCGAUUUUGAGUGAAGCCACCAACACGUUAAUCCAAGAAAACAGCGAGUUGUUUAUUGAUGAAAUACGGCCUGUUUUAGAAGAGUCAUUGGCCCAGAAGUUUACCACGAUAGCAAAUAGUAUUACAAGCCGGUUUUCCUUUGAUGAACUGUUUCCAGAUUCAAAGAGCAUUUAGUUUUUUUAUAUAAAAAACUUGUAUACAAAAUUAUUAUCAGAUCGCAGAAAACAAUAAAGUUUUCGCGAUAAAA